AUGGAAGAAAAUACUACUACUUUCGCAACAAUUCAACAAUCCAGUACAACUGUUUCAGACAUAGAAGUAGUAACCAAAGAUUAUCCAUUGAUAAUCUCACACUUAUUAGCGUUUGAUGUUGCUGAGAUCCUUAAUGGAACUGAUCCUUUUCCCGUGGAAAGUGAAAUGGGAUUACCCGCAACACCAACUACAGACUUUCCCCAAUGGAUUGAAACUAACACAAUGGUUUAUGAACAGAUUGAUAACAGCAAUUAA